AUGGCUUCGUGUUCCAAGUUUCCUAAACAACCCAAGAUCCCUGAAACUACCGAAGAUAUGAUCAGCAGUAUGCCAACUGAAGUGACUGACAAAAUCAUGAAGCGCUUGCCACUAAAAAUGGCAGCUAAGAUGAGUGUGCUUUCAAGAAGAUGGAGACGUAAUUGGCUGUCUCAUAGGUACCUUGUCUUCGAUAAAGCUUUUUGUGAAGAACAUCAUAAAAAUGGAAAAGUUGAUUUGCAUAAGAUCAACAACAUCAUCAGCAAUAUACUCUUUCUGCACAAUGGUCCUAUGCAAGUAUUCCAUCUUUAUAUUCCACAAGAAUCAGAUAAUAAUAUAAGCCAUAAUCUCAGUCCAUGGCUUUUUUUUCUUUCGAUAGUCGGGGUCAAGAAGAUCUGUAUUCCUAACUGGAGUAAUCUUCUAACUAUCCCUUCUCAUAUAUAUGCAUGCAAAGAGUUGGUAAAAUUGAGGAUGGAGUAUUAUGUAGUAGGAAUCCCACCGUGUGAGUUUAAGGGAUUUGCUCAUCUUCGCAAUCUUGAGCUAGUCGACGUCGAAUUUAAGCAUGGAACAUUGAAGAGUUUGAUUGCAAGUUGUCCCCAACUUAAAGUGUUAGUUCUUGAGAAUAGUUCGACUGGCAUGAAUAAUGUCGUUAUAGAUGCGCCGAGGCUUGAAGCGUUAACUAUCCGAUGUGCAUUCAAGUCUCUUGCUUUGGAAAAUGUCCCUUGUGUUAAGAGUGUUAUAGUAUGUUUACACCAAACAGGAGAGGACUCUUCAAACAUAGAAACAGUUGAUGCCAUCAAGGUUCUUGCGAGUUCAACUGAGCUUCAAUGCCUUCAAUUUGAAGGCCAGAUGUGUAAGCUCGAUUCAAUCAAAAGCGGCGUUAAGCACAAAUUUGACUACAAUGAGGAUUAUAAACUAGGGCAUCUCCUUAAGGUUAGAAUUACAGGUAUUACAGGGUCAAGUGCAGAGUUCAAACUGAUUGAAUAUGUGCUCGCUACCUCAGUUGUCCUUGAGAAAUUGUUCUUCAAUUGUGCUUGUCUUGACCCUAGUUCAGAACUAAAGGUGUCGCGGGAGCUGUUGCAGUUGCCAAGAGCAUCGCCAAAGGCCAAACUUGUAUGUUUGGAGCAAUAG